AUCGCAGCAGUCGAUCGUUGUAAAAACGCUCGUGAAGGAUUCUUUAAACUUUCUCUUGAAUCAGUGAACUGUGAAACUUCUGUCUGGUGACUUUUUGCACGAGCUUCAUCGAAGAGUGGAAACUUUUUGUGUGACUUUAUUUUUUUAUUUUUAACUCCGGAUGAUUUACCGUCAACUGUGUGGAGCAGGUGAAGAAGAUCAACAAGCAUUCAGGUGCCGUCAGGAUCCCAGAACAACUCGUCCAAACUGAGCUCUGGUCUCUCCCAGUCACCAUGGCUACUAACAGCACCCCUCAGGGUUGCGGCCCGAACCUGGACUCCCUCUAUUACAACCUGUGUGACCUUAACGCCGCGUGGGGCAUCGUGCUGGAGGCCUUCGCGGCGGCCGGCAUCGUCUUCUCCUUUGUGCUUUUCAUCUCGCUGCUGGCCAGCGUGCCCUUCACGCGGGACAAGAACCGCAAGAGCUCGGUGGCGCUCCACGCCUGCUUCCUGGUCUUCACAGCCGGUCUCUUCUGCCUGACCUUCGCCUUCAUCGUGGGAAAGGACUUCUCCACGUGCGCCUCGCGGAGGUUCCUCUUCGGCGUGCUGUUCGGCGGCUGCUUCGCCUGCCUCCUGGUGCAGUGUGUGAGGCUGAACAUCCUCGCCCGGCAGAACAGCGGGCCCCGGGUUUGGGUCUUGUGUCUGGUGGCGGCGGGUCUGUGGCUGGUGGAGGUGGUCAUCAACACCGAGUGGCUGAUCAUCACGGUGGUGCGCUACCCGUGGGGGCCGCUCAACGCCACGGCCGAAACCGGCAGAGCCACGGCCACGCCUUGCAACGUCGCCAACGAGGACUUCGUCAUGGCGCUGAUCUACGUGAUGACCCUGAUCCUGGCCGUGGUGGUGGCGAGUCUCGCCAUCAUGGCGGGCAAACACAACCAGUGGAAGAAGGAUGGCGCCUUCAUCCUUCUGACCAGCGUGGUCUCUGUGGGUAUUUGGGUGGCGUGGAUCGUCAUGUACGUCUACGGGAACGAGAGGAGAGGGGGGCCCACGUGGGACGACCCCACCUUGUCCAUCGCCUUGGUGGCGAACGCGUGGGCCUUCCUCGUCCUCUACACGAUCCCUGACAUCUGCACCUUGAGCGGCGAUGACGAGAUCCCACAGAGCUUCGGGGAAGACCUGUACCCGAACCGAGGAGUCGGCUACGAGACGAUCCUGAAGGAGCAGACCUCCCAGAACAUGUUCAUGGAAAAUAAGGCGUUCUCUAUGGACGAGCCCAAACCAGCGUCCAAGCCGGUGUCUCCGUACAGCGGCUACACCGGGCAGCUGCGUGGGUCCGUCUACCAGCCCACUGAGCUGGCUCUCAUCAGCAAAGCAGUGGCAAAUCACCCUCCGGAGGUCACCUACGACAUCAUCAUCCCCAGAGCGUCCACCCACUCAGCAGCCAACAGCGGGAGCAGCACGCCGUCGACACACGCCGACGCCGGUGCCGCCGCUCACACUCAGACCAACGGGAACAGCGUAGGUCGCCUCCUCGCUCCUCGCUCCUCGACUCCUUCUGUCCCCCCCGACCUCUCGGCUCCUGCUGUAUCCAUGGCAACUUCUUCUACAGGUUGACCAUGAAUCACUUCUUUGUCUGUUUUUUUUUUCUUCUUUCAUACCUGCUGGAGCUCUCUGGUGUUUCACCUCGUCUGGACUCAGUUCACUCUGUUCUUCCAUCUCUUCAGUGGAGAAGAAAUGUUGGUGAGACAGGGUUUGAUUUGACAUGAUUUGUCUCUUUCUGGUCUUAUUCUUUUCCAUAUUUCUUUGUACUUAACAUGUCUCUUCUAAAUGUCAGAUCUUGAGUAUGAAACGCUCCCCUCGAGUCUUUAAAGGUGUUUCUGAAGAGGCUGCCUGUAGUCAGUUGGAUUGUUACGAAGUUACAAAGUCCCGCCUGUGAAACACGUCCUUGUUCGCCUACAGAUUUGAUUCUGCUGUGACUGUGAAUCAAAGCUGCUGUCAGAGCCCCCCCUCUAGUGUAAACUGUUAUCAUGUAAAGUCUCAUUAACUGCUGUUUGAUCAACCAUCUCUCUUCUUCUGCAGGGGAACGGUCUUCAUAGGAUGUCCCAGUGGUGAACGCGCUGACGCUCUCAACACCUCGUCACAUUAACUUCUAGUCUUUUCGUUUGCUCUCGCUGACUGUGUGUCUGCUGGCCGGCUAAGCUGGUUCUAAGAGGAUCAGACAUGUGGAGCUAAAACA